AUGCUGGCAAAACUUCUCGAUUAUACCCGAUCAGUUCUUCCAUUUGACCAAUUACCGAAACAACCUGCCCAAUUAGAAACUGAAGAAGAAAAGAAACAAAUCAAGACUCAUGUCACCAUCAAAGAUGCUAAUGGCAUUCUUGAUGUAGUUUGCAAAAAAUCCAAGCUUAUCAAGGUAUUAAGAAUCGUCGCCUUAGUAAACAGAUUUAUCUAUAAUUUAAGAAAGGAUGAUGUUUUAAGAAUGAAAUCAGUUCUUUCACCCAUAGAACUUGACAUUGCAUUGCGUACAACCAUAAGGAGUGUUCAACAAUUCAUGUUUCCCGAUGUCAUAAAAGAACUCGAACUUACUAAGAGAACAAAGCUUAAUAAAUCUCUAAACAUGUUUAUUGAUCGAUCUGGUAUUAUAAGAAUUGGUGGCCGACUACAAAAUGCCAAUCUUACAUAUGAUCAAAAGCAUCCUAUUGCAUUGAAACCAGAUCAUAACUUCUCGAAACUCAUCAUUGAAGAUGCUCAUGAGAAAACCCUACAUGGAGGUAUCCAGCAAACAAUCGCUUUUAUUCGAAAUCAAUUUUGGAUUUUCAAUAUGAAAAGAACAGUGAAGAAGUGGUUGAGUAAAUGCUUCACUUGUUUUAGUAAUCAACCCAAAUCAAUGCAACAACUGAUGGGAAACCUUCCUGCACCCAGAGUAAAUAUGUCACGACCAUUCACUCACACUGGUGUAGACUAUGCCGGCCCUUUGGAAGUUAAAACUUGGAAAGGAAGAAAUUCCAAGAAAUUUAAAGGAUAUUUUGCAAUUUUCAUAUGUCUCUCCACCAAAGCAAUUCAUCUUGAAGCUGUAACAGAUCUCACAACUCAAGCCUUUAUCGCCGCGUUCAGAAGAUUUAUAUCUCGAAGAGGAAUAUGUUCAAAUAUUUAUAGCGACUGCGGUACUAAUUUCAAGGGUGCUAAUACCGAACUUCAAAAGAUGUUAAAUGUAGCCAAACAUGAUUAUAAAGAAAUAGCUGACUCACUAAGUAAAUUGGGUACCAAGUGGAACUUUAUUCCUCCUGCUUCUCCUCACUUUGGUGGUUUAUGGGAAGCAGGAGUGAAAUCAGUCAAAUACCACUUAAAACGGGUUGCCCGAAACCAAGCCCUAACAUUCGAGGAGCUCAGUACGCUUCUAACACAAAUAGAAGCUUGUCUUAACUCGAGACCCCUUUGUCCCGUUACAGAUAGCUUGGAUGAUUUUAACGCCCUAACACCAGCGCACUUUUUGAUCGGCACAUCAAUGCAUACAGUCCCUGAAGCCAACCUACCAACCGAAAAGAUAGGCUACUUGGACAGAUGGAAACGACUACAAGCAUUACUGCAGUCAUUCUGGAAGGAAUGGAGCGGAGAAUAUUUAACAAGGCUUCAAAAUCGACCGAAAUGGUUGAAAAUCGAAAAACAACCUAAGAUCGGAGAUUUAGUCUUGCUGAGAGAUGAAAGACUUCCACCGUCACAAUGGUCCCUAGCAAGGAUUGUUGAAACCUAUCCAGGACAAGAUGAAUUGAUCCGCGUUGUAAAAGUAAGAACCCAGAACAACGAAUUCAAAAGGCCUAUCACAAAAAUCUGCCCACUCCCAUCGAACAACAUUGAUACAGAAACCACAACAGUGUAA